CCUUGCGAGGCCCGGCCCCUCGCCCUUCGAGCCUGGGAGACAGGCAGAGAAAUGGCGGCUGGGACAAGCUGAGGGGAAGGAGGCAGGCAGAAGCAGCAUCACCCAGAGGCGCCAGGCCUCCCCUUCCCUCAGGCCUAGCCAUGAGGCUCCUGCGGGCACUGCUGCGGAGCGUCUCCCCAGCCACCAUCCCUCAGCAGGUGGACUUCUACUGCCGCUUCUCCCCGUCGCCGCUUUCCAUGAAGCAGUUCCUCGAUUUCGGAUCUGAUAAUGCUUGUGAGAAGACUUCGUUUAUGUUUCUGCGACAAGAGUUGCCUGUAAGAUUGGCAAACAUUAUGAAAGAAAUAAGUUUGCUUCCAGAUAACCUUCUGAAAACACCUUCAGUUCAACUUGUUCAAAGUUGGUAUGUUCAAAGUCUUCAGGAAAUCCUUGAUUUUAAAGACAAAAGUGCUGAAGAUUCAGAAGCUGUUUCUCGUUUUACAGAUACUGUGAUAACAAUACGGAACCGUCAUAAUGAUGUUAUUCCUACCAUGGCUCAGGGUGUGAUAGAAUAUAAGGACCACUAUGGUGUCGAUCCAGUGACCAGUCAGAAUGUGCAGUAUUUUUUGGACCGUUUCUUCAUGAGUCGCAUUUCGAUCAGAAUGCUUCUUAAUCAGCAUACUUUGUUGUUCGGGGGAAAAAUAAAAGAUAACCCAGCUCAUCCGAAACACAUUGGAAGUAUUGAUCCAAAGUGCAGUGUUGUUGAAGUUAUACAAGAUGGCUAUGAAAAUGCCAAGACACUCUGUGACUUGUACUAUAUGAGCUGUCCAGAACUUGUGCUUGAAGAGAAAAAUGUCAAGUCACCAGGGCAGCCCAUGCAGGUGGUGUAUGUACCAUCACAUCUCUACUACAUGGUGUUUGAACUUUUCAAGAAUGCAAUGAGGGCUACUAUGGAACAUCACGCUGAUCGUGGUACUUACCCUCCAAUCCAUGUGCAUGUCACAUUAGGCAAUGAGGAUUUGACUGUGAAGAUGUGUGACCGUGGUGGUGGUGUUCCUUUAAGAAAAAUGGAUCGCCUGUUUAACUACAUGUAUUCAACUGCUCCACGCCCUCGUGUUGAGACAUCUCGAGCAACACCUUUGGCUGGAUUUGGCUAUGGGUUACCUAUAUCACGACUGUAUGCCCAGUACUUCCAAGGAGAUCUGAAGCUCUAUUCUCUAGAGGGUUAUGGCACUGAUGCUGUUAUCUUCAUAAAGGCUUUAUCAACAGAAUCUGUUGAAAGACUACCUGUGUAUAACAAAUCAGCCUGGAGACAUUACACAGCAAAUCAUGAAGCCGAUGACUGGUGCAUCCCCAGCAGUGAACCAAAAGACAUGACUACAUUCCGCAGCGUAUAGCAGGAUGUGGCAGAUGUGCCAAGCUCAAGACAAACUUUAGUACAGCAGUUCAUGCAGUACUGUGUGAAUAGGGCUUAUUCCAUUACAUCUGUAACACUUCGUUUUGGGAAGCAGUGAUUGCCACAAAACAGGAGUUAGAAAACCAUGUUUUUGUUUUAGAAUAUAGUGCAGGUUGCAUUUUGAAAAGUGAAUAUUCUAAAUGUAUUCCAACCCUUCUAAAAUUGCUUCAAUAGAUGAAUCUGGUGCUCAACAUCUAGAUUAGAUACAAAAAAAAGUAGUGACAGAUUUUUCAAAUAUUAUACUAUUUAACUACCAAAAAUUCUAAUGAAACGUUAAUGAGUAUUUUGUAAACCACCUCUGAAAUUUAAUUGCACUAGCACAGCACUUUCUUCUGAAGAACUCAAAAAGUGCUUUACAAUAUGAGAGAUAUUAAUAAUUUCCAUCCAUUUAUGUCAUUUGGUAUUUCUUGGAAUCAGUUUCUUCUUUCUAGUAUUAGUCAACAGCUUUGUUUCAGCUUUAAAAUCUGCACAUUCCGGCUAAAAUUAGGAGUGCUUCAGUCCCAUUACUUUUAAUUGGAAGGUUAAGCAUGGCCAGAAUCCUGUUGGGCAGUCAUCUGUGCAGAUUUACAUACUCUUGAUUGUUCCAUAUUCAUGAUCCCUACAUAGUCCCUAGGGACCCUGAAAAUCCCCCGGAAUGGUUCAGCAGCCAUUGCAAUCAAUGAGGCUCUAUUUCCUUGUUUGAUUGGGAAGCAGCUGUUGUCUGUUGUAGCAGAUUGCUCAUAAGGAAAUGACAAUGCCAUCAGCUACUUCCCAAGUGAUGAGAGGAACAGAUCGCCAUUGGUUGUGGUGGUUACCACCUGAUCAGUGAGGAUUUUUUUUCCUGGGGGGGGGGGGAUGAUCAGGAUGGGAGUCACUAGAUUUAAAUCUCUUAUCGCUAAAAUCCACAUUGAUAUUUUAUGUAGAGCCAUUAAUUAGACAUUUUCAUCUGGAAUUCCUGAAUUGAAAACAGGGCCUAAUUCAGCCAAAAUUAAAAGUUGUUAAUUUUUGCUUGAUCAGGUCCUGUUUUCCACCUCAGGAAUUUCAGAUGAAAAUGUCUAUAACUUGUGGCUUUACAUAAAAUAUCAUGAAAUAUCAAAUAAAUUGGGUUUUUAAAAAUAAUAUUUGCUUCUAUAGAGCUUGCCCAGAAAUAAUCAGUUGAAACUUUCCCCUCAGCAGAAACACUUAACCACUGAUAUGACACCUCGAACAGUGGAAUCAGCAUGUAAAUUUAGUGGUAUUUCUACCUAACCGGUUACAAAUUACAACUUUUCUCUAUCUGUUGUAGAGGUUUUAAAAGUGCUUCUGUUUUUACUGAUCUUAUUACUGCUUUCAGAAAACUCAGGAAAAUUCUGAUUAAAACCCUGCCAAUCUCUAAAUUGAAUGCCACUAACUCUUGCAGUAGGUUUUGCAAAAUACAACAUGGUUGAAGACAGUUUGGCCACUAUGCUUUGACCUCUGCUUGUUAUAUAUUAGUUUCUUUGUAUGUAUAUUGACACCGUUUCUCUUAAAAUACUGGUUACAGCUUAUUUUUCCUUUAAAAUUGAAUGCUAUUUCAUCUCUCAAAAUUCUUUUCAGAAAUUACAUUGCUUCAGCCUGUUGCUUUCAUACUUAUUAAACACUGCUUAUGCGCUCACCGUCUCUUUCCAGAUAAGCUAAAGUACUAAUAUUAAAUCAACUCCUUUCAAUUGAGUUGGUUUCUCAAGUGGCUCCUGACACACACACAAAAAUUGAGUUCGGUAGAAUUCUGAUAUUUGACAGUGCAGUAUUGUUGUCAUAGUGACAGAGCACAGUCCUCCAUGUCUAAUCAGAAGUGGGGCUUCCAGACUGGUAAGGGAUUUCAGGCUACAUAUGGCAGUCCUAAAGUGUGUUCCAAGAGAAUAGCACCCAUGGAACGCAGUGAGACUAAUGCAUGGAGUAAGUAGGCACAAGGUUGUAGUCAAGUGAAACUAAUUACAGAACUGCAAAGAAAAUUAGUAAGUGGAAAUUAAGCAUAAAACAUAACAAUUGUAAUUGCUGACAAGACAGUCAGUGCAAGGGGUAUAUAAAAUUUACAAGCCCAGCUACAAAUCUAUAGAGCUAAUUAUGUUGCGGCACAUUGCUGUACAAUGAUUAUAUUCAUAAUCUCUCUCAUCUUGACACAUAUAAAAUCUCAGGUCCUGUGACUCUUUCUCAGGUACAGUACUUCUGUCCAGCAAUGUGAUAAUCAAGAUGGAGAAGAUCCCUACGAUUCUUCCUCUUUUCUCUCAUGCCCUCUGCUGCUCACAAUUGACUUCUAACUAGCUUUAAUUCAUCUCCUCAAUAGCAGUGAUUGACUUUAUCACUGGUUGCUGGCAUGUCCUUAAAGAAAUAAAGAAUGUAAUUUUACCUAGUUUGCACUGAGUAGAUAUACUGAAUCAGUAGGAACACAGAAGGCAACAUUUCCCUAAGACUAAUGGAUCUACUUUAGUAGGACACAAAGGUAUAUUCAGAAUAGUGUCUUAGGCCAUGUUCUCAAAAAUAUUUUAUUUAUGUAAAACAACUCAUUGAAGAGCAAUAGCAGUGCCAAAUUAAAUGUUUAGGUGUGUGGAAAUGGGCAGGGGAGACAGAAUUGCAGAACCGUUUCUUAUCCAUUUUAUUGUAUGAGACGCACCCACAUAAAUAAUUAGAAUGGAGUGUGGGUUUAGUAAUAGAGGCUGGAAGCCUCUUGGUGCACAGCAUUGAUGUUUGUAUUGUUUCCUCAUGUAGCAGCGGUAAGGGAAGGCCUGCUUAAAGCUCCCUAUUUCUCCAACUCCUUUGCUUAUUUCACUACUAUUGUUCUUGCAUUCUUUUUCCUUCUGCCACUACUCUCUAUACUGCUGUAGUUGUUUAUGUGUGGUGCACUGACAAAAUUCUACGUCCAAUGUGUUAUACAGAAGAAGGUUCCCUCUAUUCCAGGCUCAGAUUUUUGACAUGCUCGACAAUGUAAUCAUUUUGGGGUGAAGGGAAGGAGGGGGUGGAUUUGCCAUCCAGAAUGAAAGUACAGUUCCAGCAUUUAUAAUUAGGAUUCUAGCCCUCCUCUACUGAGUGCAGCCUUAUCUUAAGUUUGAAAAUAAUAUGGACAAUCUCAAAAUGAACCCAGCAACAUUUGCAUUGGUAUUUAGAUAUACAUUGUCCUAGCUAGAUCAAGAUAUCAACAAUAAUUACCGGAAGUUAUACUGUAAGUCAUAGAUUUAAUAAUUCCAGGCAUUUAUUUGCUGUUAUUUUGAAGUUUUAUCCAAAUAAUACAGUAUUUCAGAAAAUACAAUUUACAAUGCACCUUUACACGCAUUCACUUGCUGCUAGUACUAAGACUAGAUUUCAAAAUUUGCUUAUGGCUGGAAGAGUACAAUGGAAACUUACAGAAGACAUUUUGUAGAUUUUUAAUCUUCUACUGUGAAAAUAAUUUUGGUUUGCAAAAUGGAUUAUAGUGAUUUUUGUAAAAAAAUAAAAAUAAAGUAAGCAUUUUUAAAUAAAAA